AUGUUUAAAAAGACCAUGCACGGAGCGCUCCCAGGUCUGGCGGAUCAGAAGGAGAUCACUGCAGCCCUCAGACAGUGUAACUACGAUCCUGAUGAGGUCAUCUCUGUGUAUCUCACCAUCUUUGGAGACGUCUUGCUUCAGCCGUCGGACAGAGAGCAAAACCAAAGAGAGCUAAAUUCAUUCCGGAGUCAUUUGGAAAAGGAUAGAGUGAUCGAAGAUCUAAAGCAGAAGCUUCUGAACAAAGAGAAGGAGGUGGAGAACUUGUUUCACAGGAAUAACCACCUGGCACGGGAGGCCCACUAUCUAUCGGACGUCGUCCAGCACUUGAACCAGAAAGUGGCCGAGCUGGAGGCGGACCAGCAGGAGGCGCGAGAGAAGAUCCGGGCUCUGCUGACGAGGAGGUCAACUGCACCUCCCGUCAAACCAGCACCCAAACCGUCCGUUGACCCGGGCCGGCUGCUGGAGGUUAGCAGGCUCACCAGGGGCCUGAACAUCUCCAGCAAGCAGCUGAGGGCCACAGUGAAGCACUGGCUGGUGGACAUGGGGAACCAGGUGAAGCAGCUGGCAGAGGCGGUGGUGAGGAUGAACGAGGCGGAGCUGGACUCCCACAGGGAAGUGGAGGACCUCCGCGCCCUGUACCGCAAGGAGGCCAUGGAGAGGAAGGUUCUGUAUAACAAGCUGCUGGAGCUGCAGGGGAACAUCCGGGUGUUCUGCCGGUGUAGGGGCGGCUCCUCGUCCAUCUCCUGCCUGGAGGUCCCCUCCAGCGAAGAGGUGGUGGUCAACCAAAAGGGAAACAAGAAGAAGUUCCUGUUUGACAAAGUCUACUCCUCUAGCGCCACUCAGGAAAAAGUAUUUGAGGGGACAUUUCCUGUCAUUGCAUCGUGCGUUGACGGAUAUAACGUCUGUAUACUGGCUUAUGGCCAGACCGGCUCUGGGAAGACUUUCACCAUGAUGGGUACCAAAGAUCAACCAGGAGUGAAUAUUCGGUCAAUCAGGGAACUUUUACGCAUUUGUAAAGAGAGAGAAAACGUCACGUAUGCGCUGAAGAUCUCCAUGUUAGAAAUUUAUAAUGAAAGCAUAAAUGACCUCCUAUCGAAAAAUCCAGCCAAUCAUUUGGAGAUACGGACCCAAGGGAAGUCUGUCACGGUACCCGGACUGACGUACACUGAAGUGGAAACCGAGGACGACAUUUUAAACGUCAUGGAAGUGGGAGAAAAAAACAGAAAGAUUGCAUCAACAAAAAUGAAUAUAGAAAGCUCCCGCUCUCACCUCAUCGUCACUCUGCAAGUGGACGGCACCGACAGCAUCUCUGGCGUCACCUCCCGCGGGACCCUCACCCUGUGCGACCUGGCAGGAUCCGAGCGCAUCUCCAAAACCGAGGCCCGGGGACAGAGGCUGGUGGAGGCCGCCGCCAUCAACAAGUCCCUCACGUCUCUGGGACAGGUUUUCAGCGCUCUCAAAUGCAAUGCUCUGCACGUGCCCUUCAGAAACUCAAAGCUCACACAUCUGCUUCAGCCCUGUCUCAGCGGAGAUGCCAAGGCCUGCGUGUUCGUGAACGUGAGCCCGGACCCUAAGAACGUGGUGGAGACGCUCAGCACCCUGCAGUUCGGGUCGUCCAUCCGGCAGGUGGCACUGGGUAAAGCUGCACAACACGUAACCCCUGCACGCAACACCAAGGCCGAAAAAUAGCCACCGCAUCCGCACACUGACUGCACACGCUCACACUGGCCAUGUCGCUGCAUUCGCCUGGGAGAUGUACAGGGAAAGCUGCAUU